UUUAGUAUUGAUUCCAAAUAAAUAGAAUGAAGAAAGAAACCCCCCAGAGUGUUGGAUCACGGGAAGAGCCCAUAGUAGGGUGAGAUUUGUCAUUAUAUGGGCUAAGCUACAGACUCUCUAUUAUAAGUGGGUUCGAACACCAAAUUUCAACCAAAAACUCAUUUUGUUUAUGGGUCCUUCCACUUAUAUGGUCCUCACUUGGCACAUUUUUAGGCUUGUCUUUGCUCAUCAAGACCUUGGUUCACUUGGUCUCCUCAUCAUGGAUUUGGAAGACUAAAAAACUUGAACAAUAACCACCACCAUCUCCAAAUACUCAGUACACACAAGCCCAUCAACCAUUAGCUUUGAUACCAAUAUUGGGUCACGAGCGGAGAUGGGAGUCUUACCAUUUUAUGUGUAAGCUAUGGACUUUCCAUCAUAAGUGGGUUUGGGCACCACAUCUAAACUCAAAAUCUUAAGGGAAUGACACUUUUAACAUUGUCUGCAUCAGUUCCUGGCAUAAAACCAACAUGUCAUGGUCAUGGAGAUGAAAAUUGCCAUGCUAAUACUGGACAGAGUGUAGUGUGCUUCCUAGCUCUUUACCUCAUAGCUCUUGGCACUGGAGGGAUUAAGCCUUGUGUUUCAUCCUAUGGAGCAGAUCAGUUUGAUGAUUCUGUCCCAGUUGAGAAGGAACACAAGAGUUCUUUCUUCAACUGGUUCUAUUUCUCAAUCAACAUUGGUGCUCUUAUUGCUUCUUCUCUACUGGUUUGGAUACAAAAUAAUGUGGGUUGGGGAUGGGGCUUUGGCAUUCCAGCGGUAGCAAUGGCAAUUGCAGUGGUGAGCUUCUUUUCAGGAACUAGGUUGUAUAGGAAUCAGAAACCUGGAGGUAGCCCUCUCACUCGUAUCUCUCAGGUGAUAGUGGCAUCCAUAAGAAAGUACCAUGUGGAAGUACCUGCUGACAAGUCUCUUUUACAUGAGAUUGCUGACACAGAAUCUUCUAUUAAAGGAAGCCGCAAGCUUGACCACACAAAUGAGUUAAGAUUUUUUGACAAAGCAGCAGUGCCAGUAGAAUCAGAUGAUUUGAAGUACUCAGCUAACCCGUGGAGACUUUGCACUGUAACCCAAGUGGAAGAGCUAAAGUCCAUUUUAAGAUUGCUUCCUGUAUGGGCCACUGGCAUUAUAUUUGCUACUGUCUAUGGUCAAAUGAGCACCUUAUUUGUGUUGCAAGGGCAAACCAUGGAUAAACAUGUUGGAAAAUCUACAUUUGAGAUCCCAUCAGCAGCUCUUUCUAUCUUUGACACCCUUAGUGUCAUAUUUUGGGUCCCAGUAUACGAUCGGAUCAUUGUGCCAAUUGCCAGAAAGUUAACUGGACACAAAAAUGGUCUAACUCAGCUUCAGAGAAUGGGAAUUGGUCUCUUCAUAUCCAUAUUUUCCAUGGUGGCUGCAGCAGUUUUGGAGCUCAUAAGGCUUAGAAUUGUAAGGAGGAACAACUACUAUAAACUUGAUGAGAUACCCAUGUCAAUAUUUUGGCAAGUUCCUCAGUAUUUCAUUAUAGGUUGUGCAGAAGUCUUCACAUUCAUUGGUCAGUUAGAGUUCUUCUAUGAACAAGCCCCUGAUGCCAUGAGAAGCCUGUGUUCUGCUCUACAAUUACUCACAGUUGCAUUGGGACAGUACUUGAGUUCUCUACUUGUAACAAUUGUGACAAAGAUCAGCACUAGAAAUGGAAGUCUUGGAUGGAUACCUGAUAAUUUGAAUUAUGGUCACAUUGAUUAUUUCUUCUGGCUAUUGGCAGUGUUAAGUGUGCUGAACUUGGUAGCAUUCCUUCUGGUGGCUAAGUUGUAUACAUAUAAAAGAACUGUGGGAACUAUCCGUUGAAAAGUGUGCUAAGUUGUACAAUGGAAGUUUCAACACACAAGCACACAGGAAGUGUUUCCUUCACAGGUCUUAUUUUUCAUAUAUACAAUUAGAUAUGGUCAAUUUUAUUAGUACACUGUAAUCUCCACAUCAAAUCGUUGAACCUAUUCAAAAUGCUGUGAAGUUCUUAUUAUUACUGCUUACAACCAUUGCGUUCUGUUAACAUUCUCAUUAUGUAU